AUGAUGAGUGCAUCAAAAGCCCGAUGGCAUUGUAUAUACCUUAUAAUUGCAUCAUUUGUUUUCAAUUCAUGGAUAUUGUUCAUUGCAGAUAUAAAUGAAUAUGGUGUUUGUGAUAUACUGCCUGAAUAUGAAUUUAUUUAUAAAAUUAUGAAUACGGUGGAAACUGUCUUCUGUAUGGGUUUGCCAUCGAGCGUGAUUUUAAUAUCAAAUCUGCUUGUCGUAUUUCGUUUAAGAGCUCAUCUGAAGCGAAUCCCAUCCUCACCUACAGUCUCGUUUAACACAACUGAGCUAGUCAUGAAUUCUGCAUUAGGAACGAAACCAUCAAAUUCUAGGGCAACAUUUUGCAGAGUAAGCCUUGUUAAAAUCAACCAUGCACAAUCACUUUCGGUGGAUGGUCAAGAAAAAAGAAAAAAAUUUUUACGAUAUACAGAUAUUCAACUCACUCGAAGUUUGCUGGUGGUCACUUGGGCAUUCAUUGUACUUAAUUUACCUAAUUAUAUUUAUCGAAUAAUCGCAAAAGUUUUAGUAGUCGAUACACAGACAUUGGCGAUGCGGCAAAUGAGUCUUUUCGUUCAUACUUUAUUAUACACGCACCAUGCUAUACUAUUUUAUUUAUAUAUUUUUUACAGUCCACAAAUGAAAAAACGUUUAUUACCUACAGCAUUAAAAUUACUCGAAUGUUAUUGUUUAAAACCACCUCUAAAUGAUCAUUCAUAA